CCUUAGGUGCCUGCUUCGGAAAAUGAAGUUAUAAGCCAACUGGCCUCCGCCAUCUUAAGUAGCAUAGUGUCUGCAAGAAAGAUGCCGUCGGGGAACCUCUGGAAAGUUCUGGGACUCUGCCUCUUAUCAGUUGGCGCUUGGGGACAAGAAGACAUUGAAAGACCAGAUGAAGAUACACAGAAAACAUUUAAAGUCUCCAUCUCUGGAGACAAAGUAGAGCUGACAUGCCCUGAAGAUCCUGAAUCUGAAAAAAUGACUUGGAAACGAAAUGAUAUGCAAAUAUAUGAGUCUUAUGACAACUACAUGUUGUUAGAGAGUUUUUCAGAAGUGGAGAACAGUGGUUAUUAUACCUGCACAGUCGGAGAGAAGACGAGCCAUAGGCUCUACCUGAAAGCCAGAGUGUGUGAGAACUGCGUGGAGGUGGAUCUGAUGGCAGUGGUCACAAUCAUUGUAGUUGACAUCUGCAUCACUCUGGGUUUGCUGAUGGUGGUGUAUUACUACAGCAAGAGUAGAAAGGCCAAGGCCAUGCCUGUGACGAGAGGAGCGGGUGCUGGAGGCAGGCCCAGGGGACAAAACAGGGAGAGGCCACCACCUGUCCCCAAUCCAGACUAUGAGCCCAUCCGGAAAGGCCAGCGGGACCUGUAUGCUGGCCUGAAUCAGAGAGGCAGGUGACAGCUUCCUGAAGACACUGGCUCCUCUCCAGGCCUGCUAUCCCUGCUCCCUGGGCAAAUCUUGGACCCCCCUGGAGAAUGUCCUCUGCCUUGUGGGGAACUCAUACCCUAGAGCUUUGUCCUCCACCACCUCUUUCCUGCCUUCUCUGUUGGCACCCAGCCCAAGGAUAUUGCUGCCUCAUUAUCUUUUGAAACAUCAUCGCAUGGCUACUCACCCCUCACACCUGCCCUGCCUCUUGUCAGGAUAUUUAUUUCUGUUCUUCACACACCUCUUAGUUCCUCCCUUUGGUUCCCUCCUUUUCCUGUGUAAAAGUUGUCCCAUCCCUGACUAUUCCAUCAACAUUUCUGUUUCUAGCUCUCUCUUUGGCGACCCUCAGUGGUAAGGGACUGGGUAAAUGCUGGCAGAGGUCCUGCCCUGCUCACCAACCCUGGCCCAGAGCUAGCCCUGUGCUCCCUCCCUCCCUCCCUCCACCCCUGGCCCCUGGACAUUUGCAUCUCCAUAAAUGUGCUAGGCUCCUUGUCAGCUGAGAGAGAAAAGAAAUAAAGUGUAUUUGGCUGAAA